GCCUCGACAUGGCGCUGCUGUCUAUCCGCGCAAAGUGAAAGUUUCUGCACACAGAAAGCGCUCAUCAGAGACUGGAGGUGUAGGGAUCCGUGGUUCUCUUGUCCUGCGGUCCACUUAGGUGUGUGGUGCAUGGUGACACAAACCCUCGGAGCAUGGUGUGUGUUUUCUCCCCGGGAAACGCGGUCGGCGCGGUCCUGCUUGUUGUUGUUGGAAGUCAGCCAUCGACAGCUUCUACUGUUUCCACUGAGCUUCGGGGAAGCGCUGUCUUAGCUUAGCUUAAAUUAGCUUAUUUUAUUUUAGCCUAUCUUGGCUUAUCUUAUUUUAGCUUAGUUCAGCCUAGCCUAGCCUAGCCUAGCUGCCGAGCUAACAGUUCCGCUCGCACUCAGUUCCCUUGAAGCCUUGUUGUGGACAAGAUCUGCGUCGCCUUGGGCUCCUCGCUGACCGCGGCGCUCCUUCCCGUGGAUGUCCGUCAAUGCAGGCUGAUGGAAAAGCUGGGCGAGCUAAGUCAGGCUGAGCUGGAGGAGCUGUUGGACAAUGUGGAGCGUGUCCACACACUGGCACUGGAGUCAGAUGAGGUGCAGAACCUCCAGCUGGAGAGGGAGAUGGCCCUGGCCUCGAACCGCAGCCUGGCCGAGCAGAACCUGGACCUGAAGCCUCGCCUGGAGCAGGGCAGGGAGCGACUGGUGGAGCGCUACUGCGAGCUACAGGAAGUGCGCUCCAGAUAUGAGCAGCGCUGUGGUCAGAGAGACAGUGUUGCGGGACAGGUGUCUCCAGAGGGGCUCUUCUCACAGCUACAGACAGAGGGCGCUGCCACAGAGGCUCAGUCCGAGGAGCUUGCUGACCACUUCCUGGACGGCUCUCUGCCACUGGAUGCCUUCCUGGAGCGCUUCCUAUCCCUACGUUCGCUGGCCCACAAGCGCCGAGUGCGGAUAGAUAAACUGCAAGAGAUCCUACGGCAGAAGACGCGCGGCACGGCGGACGCUGAGGGGCCCACCCAGGGGCCAAUGGCAUCACAGACGUGUGCCAGCCAGCAGGCGGAUGCCGGAGUCCCGUUGCCAUGGCAACCUCAACAGCAGCAGCACAGCAAUGGACAAGGCGGGAAUGGGAGCAGCGUCAGCUUUGCGAAUGCAUCCCAGCCUCAGCCGAGCCCCGCCCUUCCGUACUCUCCAUACCCCAUUUCCCCUGCGGGGCCCCCCAACCCACCUGCUCCAUUUCCUGUUUACCCCAAUCCAGGGCAGCGGUUUCCUCCAGGGUCCGGCUUUUCUGAGCGCGCGGCAUGUCCUUACCCUGCCCAGCCUCCUUUUCCGAUUGGUCAGUUUGGUGCUCCUCCCCCUGCCUACUCAUCCCCGUAUCCGUACACUAACUUUGGUUAUCCGACUGCUGCAGGCUUUCCCCCCUCCCAGGCCCCCACGGGGCCGCCUGCUUUCGGGCCUGGCUUCGGGGUCCCCUUCUCUUAAACCCCACCUCUACCAUGUACACUUGGCCUCCCGUAUUUCCGUGCCCCUCUCUGUCCGUGCCCUUCUCCAGAGCCCUGCGCGGGGUCCGUGACCUGGGUGUCCUGGUCAGGAUCCUGCGGUGCAGUGUGUUGUCUCUGGCGUUGUCCUUCCGAGGGCUGGCAGUGCACUGGUUUUGGAGGCCUCUUCCCUCCCUCCUGUGUCCCCCAUGCGGGAGCUGCCAUAAACGGCAGGCGGCGCUGACCUGAAACACUCAGUAGCUGGUGGCCAUUUUGCCAGCGGUCCGUGGUCACCUCGGGGGGUGGGGGGGUCUCUGGUUGUGGACACACUUUGAAAAGUAAGACAAUCUGAGACCCCUGUCUGUCUUUCUGUUUCUGUCUGUCUCUGCACUUCCUGUGCCCUGCCCUGAGCUGUCUUGCACCCUGACCCCCUCCCCCCCCUGCAUGACUAGAGCCAUGCUGCAAUUUGUAUAAAUUCACUGUACGAUGCUCUAUCAGUUAUUUGUAGUUUGAACUCCCGGUACCAACCAAUGUGGGUGCGGAUCUUACUGUGUUGGUGGUGUGUGAGGAGAUUUGAUUUUGCAAAGGGGGAGCGAAGGAAGCGCUUGACGUUGAAAGCAUUAACACUGCGUUCAGAAGGUUUAGUUCCGAUGUGCUCUUCUGGU